CUCUGGUUAACACGCUGAAAUGUUUCACAUGUUCGUAAUAGACGAGAAUCGGAGCCUUCUCUACUGCGGGCAAUCCCUGGCCAUCAGUGAAUGACUGGAUCACCACAUGAUUCCUGGAUUCAGCCACCCCGGAUUAUCGUUCCCAGAGGAGUCCCAUGGUUGGAGAUUAUAUUCACAUGCAACAACAGAUGGUUCAGCUUGGAGGAUCCUUGGCUAAGUUGACAUCCAGAACACUGAACAGUCCAAUCUUCAAAGCUCAGGUCAUGCUGAUGUGAAAGACGCUUAGUAUAGCUUGAUAGAAGCCUACCAAAUCUGGAAUCCUAAAACAUGUAACAAUACAUUAUCAGGAGAACCUUAGGCAGGCAAUGCCAUGGCUUGUUAAUGACGUCGGACGAAUGCAAUGCCCCCGCUUCAAUAAAAGCAAUUAUAUAAGGGUAGUAUCCGCUCAUAGUCGGGUACACCCCCAAAGGCUACUCAAGUUACUCGGCAUCAUGAAGAUCCUCAUCUUUGCUAUUUUGUCCCUCGUUUCUAUCACCUCCGCGGCAGUGAUCCCCCUUCUAUCCAGUCACUACACUCAGAACUGUGGCUAUCUAGCAGUAUCAUGUGCGGGUCGCAGUUCGUAUGACGACUUCCAUAAUUGUAUUCAGAGAGCAAUGCAAAGCGAAGGAUGCGGUUAUAGUGGCUAAGAGACAAGGGCCGUGAUAUGGGGUCAGUUCAAUCUGAAGCAAGAAGCAUGCUUGAUAUGGGAAAUCUAUCCCGGAAGUUUAGCUAGGAAACACGAUGAAAGGGCAAGGGAUUGGUUGUCAUGAUACCUAUAGUAGUGCUAUGUUCACCGGCAUGUCCAGCUAGCACGAAUUUAAAAACUAGUUUUUGGGAAAGGAAUUCCAAAAGGAUACCAUUUCAUUGUACAAU